AUGCAUCUCGAGCCGGCGGAAUUGGAUGAUGUCCCGCAGUCUUUGGAGGACCAUGGUCCGCUAGAAGAGCUAUUACUCAGUUGUUACUGUGCGGACCCGGACGCUUACCUCAACACGGUGGAUCCGACUUGCAAUGUGCAGUUGUCUGAGCAAGAGAAGGCGUUGGUGGAGGCGGAGGUUCGGGAUAUAUUCGCGAAGUUCGUAUUUACAUGUAUGAGGGCUGUUGACCAGUGGGUACCGGUAUAUGGUAAUAGGAGGCAACCCGAGAUGGUGGGGUUAGUGAAUCAUAGGGAAAUGUGCUACCAUUUCUUUAUGAGCUUUUUCCACCAAAUAUCGGUGACUUCACCACAGACUCCGGGGGCACUACCGUCACCACAACAAGUCUGUUCUACCUUCCUCAUACAGAAGGUAGUCGUAUGGAUGCUAUCUCAUGCUAUGGAGGAGAUCCGCGUCCUCCUCGAGUAUCCCGGGGCCCGUACUGCUCGGUUCACUGACGGUUUACAGGCUAUAUGCACUAACAGUGCUGAAGACGCCUGGAAUAAGUACAUAGCAGCUGGUGUCGUCCAGGGCAAGAGGAUCUCAGUGGCAAUGCCAUUGACUCCAGCAACGGAGGAGGAAAGACUCUAUCAGCAUUUGAGUGGCUUCUAUCAUCACUAUGUGGUGGACUCGACUACAGGCGAGCUUGGCUGCUGUCUGAACGAUAAGGAGGAGGAUUUCCUAUAUGCUGAGUUCAGAGUUUACUCUGUUGAUGAUUUCGGCUCUCUGAUGAAUUUGCUUUGCCAGUUAUCGGACUUGGGCGAGGCGGCUGAGGCUGGGGAGCAGGCCGCGAUGGCCGUAGACUUCGAGGGCCUCAACUUGUCGAGGGACGGAGCGAUGAGUUUAGCUCAGCUGUGUCUGUCGUCGGACCCAAGGAGUGUUUAUGUAGUUGAUAUUACUAGGCUGGGCUUCCACGCCUCCCAUGCUACUACUCAUACCGGCACAUCACUGAAGUCUAUUAUGGAAGACUCUCGAAUAGAGAAGGUCUUCUAUGACCCUCGCAAUGACGUUGAUGCUCUCUACUACCAAUUCAAUGUGGCCCCUCAGAAUGUUUUCGAUCUCCAGUUGGCUGAGGUGGCCCUACGACGAGCACGAGGGCUCACUGUACGCUAUGUCAUUGGCCUCUUCAAAUGCCUCGUUCAAUCCGAAGUGUUUGUCCAGCCGGGGCUUCGGGAAUUUGCCAUGUGGAUAAACGACAUCGGAAAGGCCUUGUUUGAACCCAAGCAUGGUGGCAGCUAUAAAGUGUUCACUGAACGCCCCUUGCAUCCAGGCAUCAUCGUCUAUGCCUCACACGACGUUCGCUAUCUCUUGCCCCUAUACGAUGCUUUCACCAAGCAGUUGAAGUGUGCUGGUGAUAACUGGUAUAAUAGG